ACGGGCAUCCAUGAAUGCAUUGAGGGAGGUCAGCACCGUUGUCCCGACAGUAUGGGUCUCACUCAGAUUUUGCAUCGUCGCGGCGCGCCCGCCCUUCUCUUUUUGUUCACGAGGUCCUUCGCCCUGGCUGAUCUGACCGUUUCGGCGCCGCCACUAUUCAGUUAUGAAACCAAACAGUUGACCGAUGAUACUGUUGCGAGCUUGACUGCGGCCGAUCAGAAGCUGUUCGGCUUUGACGAUACCGCGGUUCAAUCCGGUCUCUCGCGUCGCAGCGGAGAAUGCAAAGUCUUCCCAGGCGAUGAAGACUGGCCCUCAGACGAGACUUGGGAUAGAUUUGAUGAGCUUGUGAACGGCGCACUUAUCCCAACUGUUCCACUCGCUGCACCAUGUUACAAUUCAUGGAAUCUAUACAAUGCUGCCAAAUGCGCAGAAAUCUCAAAGAGUUCCACGGAUCCUUAUGCACAUAUCGCGGACCCAACAUCCAACAUGUGGCCUAUAUUCCAAGGUAAGACGUGCCUGGCGUUCGAUAGACCCAAUGGGACCUGCACAUUGGGCUCCUUUCCGAGCUAUGCCGUCAAUGUUUCCUCGGUUUCCGACGUACAGCUCGCACUGAACUUUGCGCGCAACGCAAACUUGCGACUCGUCAUCAAGAACACCGGGCACGACUACCUCGGAAAAUCUCUAGGUGCUGGUGCCCUUAGCAUUUGGACCCAUAACUUGAAAGACAUCGACUUCAUCGAGAACUACCAGAGUGAUUCGGGCUAUGAAGGGCCUGCUUUCAAGGUCGCUGCUGGAGUGACCGUGCGAGAAGUGUAUGAAGCUGCGGAAAAACAUGGCGUUACAAUGGCUGGUGGCAUAUGCGAGAGCGUUGGAUUUGCUGGCGGUUAUGUUGCUGGAGGCGGCCAUACCCCAAUGAGCGGUCUCUAUGGGAUGGCAGCAGAUAGUGUAGAAGCGCUCGAGGUCGUCACCGCUGAUGGCCGCUUCAUCACCGCAUCCAACAGUUCGAACCCAGAUCUGUAUUGGGCGCUCAGAGGCGGAGGAGGCGGCACGUACGGAGUGGUUACAUCGGUGAUUGCACGCGCGCAUCCCAAGAUGCCCUUUGUGACGUCGACUUUCACCUUCAAAUCUGGAGGCAACAUCUCCACAGAGGUGUUCAUGGAAGGCGUCCGCAAAUACUAUGAGAUGCUGAUUCCCUUUACCGAUGCACACACGUACUCGUACUUUUGGAUUUGGCACACGAGCGGCACGUUUGAGUUCCAAAUGAUGCCUUUCUUCGCGCCGAACCACACCGUCGAGAGCUUCAAUCAAUUGGUCAAGCCCUGGUUUGAUCACUUGACUAAGCUUGGCAUUCCAGUCACGCCCACAACAGAGCUCCACGAUUCCUUCUACCCAGCUUACAAUGUCGCGUGGGGUAACGAUGGGGUUGGUGGCCUCAACGCUAUCCCGGGUAAUCGGCUUUUCCCACGGGGACGUUGGGAAGACCCGGAAAAGUUUGAAGAAACAUGGGGUGCCAUCAGAGCUCACAUGAUGCGCGGCAAGUCCCUUGGAGGUUAUCACCAAGCGCCGCAAAACCGCCUCAACGUUGACAACGCAGUAUCUUCUGCCUUCCGACACGUUAUCAACUUCUUGAUCGGUGCCGCUGUCGUCGAAGGUGCCGAGAAUGCGACGCCCACACAAAUGAAGAAAGCAGUUGAUGUGCUGACCAAUGAUGUGUUGGGGCCCUGGCGCGACGUUUCGCCGGAGAGCGAGUUCGGAGGCAGUUAUCUGAAUGAGGCAAACGUCAUGGAGCCGAACUGGCAGGAAAGUUUCUACGGCACUCAGUAUUCAAGGCUGCUGAGUCUGAAGAAGAAGUGGGAUCCCAAGGGCGUCUUCUACGGCCCGACUGCUGUAGGGAGCGAAGAGUGGGAGGUGCAGGAUGGUGACCAGGGAACGCAGACGCAGAAUGGGAGGCUAUGUAAGGUGUAG